AUGACUUUCUCAUAAUGUCGAUAAAAAACCCUUUAUUGGAGGGAUACUCCUCACAAAAGAAUGUUAAACUGCUGUCAUCUUCCUCUUUAAAGAGUAGUGUCUUGAAGAGAUCAAGUGACUUAACUGAUGAUCCCUUGCUUAAAUCGUCAAAGUUACUUCGAUCAAGUGUCCUUUCCUCACCAUCACCAUUGCUUCAAUCUAGGCCUCUGACAUCUGUUGGCUCGUCAUACUUGUCAACAUGUACAACCACAAGCCAAAAUCUUACCAGCUCUCUUAUCACUACAUCUGUAUCCCUCUCUAACCCUUUGAGUGACUUGGGAUCACAAAAUGUGGCUGACAAGAAUACCUCAUUGAAGCCAAAACAAAUGUUACAAGAAGAGGUAACAGACAGCAAAAGUGGAGAAAGAACUGACUUCUCUGAAAUCUCCCCAUUUCUAGAGGGGGAAGAUAUCAUACCUAUACCAGUGACUGAAAAAAGUAACGUUAUCAACAAUUACUUCAAUACUAUUUCCAAAGCUACUAUCAAACUCACUGAAGAAGAAGUGCUCAAACAGGACUUUAUCAAUCUUGCUGCAUGCUCUUUAAUCAAAGCUCCUAAACUUGACAACAAAGAUGACAAUGUUAGGACCGGACUGAUAAGUCUUGGAGAGAAGAUCAUUCUCAUAGACCCUGAAUUCAUUUUAAAGAUGGCACUCUUUACAAGAAAAGUUUUGAAUAUUCGGGUCACUGCCAAUUUUCUAGUUGCUUUUGCUGCAUUCAAGAAGGAAUGUCGAAAAUACAUCAAGAAGUAUUACCAAGAGACCGUUGUUCUACCCUCUGAUUGGAUUGAUGUUGCUGAACUGUAUACAUCUCUUGGAGACAAGAACAUUGGAUUCUCUGCUUUACCUGUCUGUUUGAGGAAAGCUAUGACCAAAAAGUUUCCAAAGUUUGACACUUACCAGAUAGGGAAGUACAACAAAAAGCCAAAGAAGAAAGCAGGUAAAAGCAAUCCUGAAGAAUCAGAGAAUGAAGAUGAUGAAACAAAGCUUUAUGAAAGGCAACAUUUUACAUUGAAACAGCUGAUUAGAAAGAUACAUAUAAGUGAUCCACCUGACAUAGUCAUGCCUGUUCUGGGAAAGAAAUAUCCUGAAACCCAGGAGCAGUUCUACCGCAGUAGGUUGUCGGGUUUGUGGGAUGAAAGUCAGGCCGGCAAGAGAAUGAAAGUACCCACACCGUACACAUGGGAAACUCAACUAGCUGCAAAAGGGAACAAUAGCGAUACUUGGAAAGAGUUGAUUCUUUCAAGAAAACUACCUUACAUGGCAAUGCUGAGGAACUUGAGGAACAUUAUUCAAUCAGGAGUGAGAGAUAACAUCCAUAAGAUUGUCCAAAAGAAGUUGAGUUCCCCUGAAGAUGUCAAGAGGAGUAAACAAUUCCCAUUUAGGUUUUUGAGUGCCUAUGCUGUUCUAGAUUCUUUAGAAAGUCAGCCUGGAAAGAGCAUUUCUUGGUCGACCACUCCUGAUUUUGAACAAGAAAAAAUUCUUGACAGUUAUAAGGCUUGCUUAGAUAGAGCAGUUCAGCUUGCUGCCAUCAAUAAUGUCAAACCUAUCAAAGGCUCUUUGUUACUUAUGUUUGAUUGCAGUAUCAAGAUGGAUGAGCAGUGCUCUGCCAAAGGAUUGGGCCUUUCCCGGACGAUAAGAGAAGUGGCUGGUUUGAUGACCUUGAUGUGUAUGUUUUCUAGUGAGCACUGUGAUGUUGUAUACUACAAUACCAAUGGUACCACAAGAGGAGAAAAGAUUGAAACUGGGGGAGAAAUACUUAAGUUCCUAUCUACCUUUGUUAAAUUUUCAGAGGCAGCAAAUGAAAGACUUAAUACUGGUACUCACAUGUCCAUCAGUGAUUGUUGGGCUGAAAUAACCAGUAAAGAAAGACACUACGAUACAGUUAUUCAAAUCGCACCUAACUGUGAUGAUUUCGAUUCAUACACAAAUCUGUAUCGAGAAAAGGUAAACAGUGAAGUCCUUUAUGUCAAAAUGAACCUUAAAUCAAAAACUACUGAGUUAAAUGACAUGAUUUAUAUGGCUCAUAGGAAUGAUGUAAGUCUUUCUGGUUUCAGUGAUCAAAUGUUACAAUACAUCUCCGAAAGAGGCUCUGGAGAGUUAUUGUCAAAUGUUGAGUCCAUCGAUAAGAAGUUCAAUCUUUUACCCCUACCAAGACUAAUGGCCCAGAGCUAUGUAUCACCUCUGGCAACACAAGUAAAAUCAAGAGUUGUUCGGAUAUUUGUGUCUUCAACUUUUCUGGACCUUGAACAUGACAGAAGGGAACUGAUGAAUGUCAUCAUGCCUCAAAUUAAAAAAUUGGCAAUGGAAAAGAACUUCACUAUCCAAGAGGUUGAUUUAAGGUGGGGUGUUACAAAAGAAGAAGCAUCUUCAAACAAAGUGAUUCUUAGAUGCCUUGAAGAAGUGUCUCGUUGUCAUUAUUUCUUGUGUAUCCUUGGUGAUCGAUAUGGAACCACAUUUGAUAGCUACCCAUUGUCUCCGAAUGCAGAAUUCUCGUGGCUACAGAAUGAACAACCUGGUUUGAGCAUGACUGAAAUUGAAGUAACACAUGCCUUGUUCUAUUCUGACUCGACCAAGCUUCCUAAAAAGAACCAAAUAUUCUUAAUCAGAGAAAAUGGCAGUAACCGCGAAAGAAAAGUUGAUCGACUAAUUGACACAAUAGAAAACUACUCCUUAGAAAGUGAGGAGCUAUACAUCAGAAGAUAUCCAGCAGCUGACAUCAGAGAUAUCGCACUUCAGGCUCUAAAGGAAGUUGUAGUGAAAGAUAUCUUAAAUGACGACAGCAAAGAUCUCUCCGACGAGGAGAUGCACAAUUCAUAUGUAGAACAACAGGCUCUUCUGUUUGUUGGAAGAGAGAAGCUGGCAAGUAGUUUGGUUAGUGCUAUACAAAGAGGGCAGAUUGUGAUGGUUACUGGUCCAGUGGGCACAGGAAAAUCUGCAUUGACAGCAAAAGCCUUAACUAUGUUCCCUGAGGAAAGUAGAAGGAACGAUUUUCAUCAUGUUGUAAAACUCAAUGCCAGCUCCAAAGACCUCAAUAUUCUGCUGAACAGAUUAUGCUUCCAUUUAUCCAAAAUCCUGAACGAAGAACUGGAAGAUCAUUUCGAGCCCACCAGUACGCUGUGGGGUCAAAUAGCUAAGUGUGAAACAUCCUUCAAGAUACUUAUUGAUGGCUGUGAUGAGCUGCUCCAAUCACAUGACUUGUUUUCAUGGCUGCCAGACAAGAUUCCUAAUAAUAUUACUCUGAUUUUUACUGCAAGUUCCUCGGGGCAGUGGAGCACAUACUUGAACAAGAAGUACUCAUCCCUCAAUACAUUCAGUGUGUCGAAACUUUCUGCCAAUGAAAAGGUUCAGGUUACUAAAGAAAUGCUAGCUGCUUACGGUAAGAAGCUUGAGGAGAAGGGGUUCAACAGUCAACUGAGUCUACUUUUAUCCAAAAGAGAAGCCAACAAUCCUCUGUACAUUGAUCUUUGCAUCAACCAACUUCGGCUUAAUGCAAUAUUCGAGAAUCUGACACAGUGUAUCCAAGAGCUUCCCCAAACUACAGAGGAGCUGUAUGUAAAAAUACUUAAGUUCACUGUGCAAGAAGUCUAUGUUGUUGGUGACAAGCUCCUUGCUUAUCUCUACUGCAGUAAGAAUGGUAUAUCUGAGUCUGAUAUGCUUCAUUUCCUUCAACUGAAGCCUCUAGCACUGGCCAGCCUACUGUAUCAUCUGAAGCUUUUUAUCCACAUCGACCAGAGCACCGGGAUAAUGUCCCUUGCCAAUCAGUUUGCUAGGAAGGUAGUUCAAAGGAAUUGUCUCAAUGACGAGAAGCUUGUUGAUGUUCACAAGGAGUUAGCAGUGGAGUACUCCGUUUUGCUCGGAGGUUGUCACUACACAUCUAUCAGAAAGGACGCUUAUCGGAGCAUGCUGUUCCACUACACAGAGGCUGGAGAGUGGAGCACUGUUAGUGGAUACCUCUCUGAUAUGAACUUUGUUCGUCAGAUGAUUUACUUAGGUUUACUUCCAGACCUCGUUUCCUUCUUUAAUAUUGAUGUCGCUAAACUAAAAGGAGUUGCCAAGGCGUCAUAUAAGAAUGCUAUGAACAAAGAUGGUAUGAAGCGAUUGCAACAAUUUCUCAUUAACAACAAAACGAUUCUUAGCAAAGAGCCAUUUUUACUCCAGCAACGCUUGCUCCUUUGCGACGAUUACUCUGAGGACAAGAUAGAAAACGAUGAUGACUUGAUGUUCAACAGUUAUGUUGGCUCCUUUAAGUCUCUCCAAGAAACCAAGCAAACGUACAAGUGCAACAUGAAUGAACACUUCAACAGUGUUGUUACUUGCUUGGCUGCUUCCGAUGUCACUGAGAUAGUAUUGGUAGGCUUCCACGACAGUAAAUUCCAAGCAAUCAAUUCGGCUGAUUCCACCAUAUCACAAACAUAUCGAGGGCACACCGGACCUAUUACCUGCUGUGGUUUCCUAACUUCUUCCAGGUUCAUAUCUGCUGGCUCUGAUGGUUCUCUGAGACUUUGGAGCUUGUUAGACUCAGUGUGUCUUGCCAAGAUAGUGCCACAUAUCUACCAGAUCCAGGAUAUCCACGUUAACGAGGUCAGCAAGUGCGUGGUAUCCGCUGGUAUCGACAGGAGAGUAACUGUGUGGCAUAAUGAUGUCAUAUUCGAUACAAUAGAGUUUGAAAAUCCCAUGAACUGUAUUAGAUUUAUUGAGAAUGGAAAGAAGUUUGUGGCUGGCUCGUGGACGGGUGAAGUCUAUGCUUAUGAUUUGGUCCAGAAAGUAAAGAUCACAGUGAAAAAAAGCGGAAAGGUUCAUAAAAACUCCAUCCGGGCACUGUCUACUGGAAGGAAACAUUUUGCUUCUCUCGAUAUCACUGGAGUUAUAUCCGUGUGGGAUCAGAUGACACUGGAUGUUCUGCAAUCAGUUCGCCUAAACAAUGUCACUACUAUAUCGUAUGACUUUAACGACCAUCUCAUGUACGGGCUGAGCAAUGGUAUCAUAAAUGUCACAUCAGGUUUUGGUGAUAUGAGCACAGUUGGCAUCCCUUCCUCUGAGCAGUUACCUCUCUGUACUGCUCUUCAGAUUCAGGACUCUAUAUCGGAUACUACUCAGGAAAGGUUCUAGAUACAGUCCGAUAAUGAAAUCGACACAUUGACCCCCCACAAAGGGAAGGUAAAUCAGAUCACUUCCUUUGAGAUAGCAGGGACUGGGAAGUGGAGCGAAACAACUGAAUUUGUUGCAUCUUGCUCAGACGAUGGAACAGUUCAUGUUCAUUCCAUACACGGUGACAACGCACUAGAAAAUGAACUGACCCCACAUAUUGGGAAGAUUCUAGCACUCUGCCCCGGAGCUACUGGAGUUAUGUUCUCUGGAGGUUACGACUGUGCUAUAACCGCCAUGAAGUUUGAGAAGGACAAUCAGUCCAAAUACCUCACAGUACAGGAGGUCAAGUUACACGGACAUACAGCUCCUGUUUCCACGCUUCUCACGUUGAAAGAGGGUGACAGACUGAUCUCAGGUUCUCAUGAUGGCAGUGUGAAGUUGUGGAACAAAGCAGGAACAUGUGUGUUCACUGCCAGUAACGCUCACAGAGACUGGGUCACGUGCUCAGCAGCAGCUGGUGGUAGCGCUCAGGUCUUCGUUACUGGUUCUAAUGAUAACCUGGUCAUUCUGUGGAAACUGGAGAAUUCUAGAAUUUACCAUACUCACAAGUUCCUUGGGCACACUUCUCCUGUAACCUGUGUCAGUGUACUUGGUAACGAGACGACUCCUAUCCAAAUGAUCAUUGGUGGAGCUCAGGACGGAACGCUUGUACUCUGGAACAAAGAUGGCAAGUUCGUGUCCUCUACAAAACCUGCUGAACGUGGAGUUAACGCCUGUACAUUCUUACCUGGGUCCUUCAGCAGCCCUACUGCUUACAUCGGGACAGUUGACGGUGAAGUGAAAUCAAUGAAGCCCUCAAAACUUGGCAUAAUAACAAGCUUCACACACCACACAGCGCUAGUGAGAAGUGUGAGAGGUAUGAGCGGGAACAGCGUGGUCUCAAUAUCAGCUGAUAAUACCGUACAGAGCUGGAGCUGGGAGAGGGGAGCUGUUACUACCACCAAACUUCAGAGCAUUGCAGAUAUAAAAUACAAAGUUGACGCGGUUGAUGCCAACGGUUCCCAUUCGUUCCGGAUCGGAGUGGUGGACAAGACAGGUAGCAUUGCUCGCUGGAAACAACAGGAUGAUGUUAUGUGCUUUGACUCUGAAACUGAGGGCCCAAAGAAACUCAUGGCUUUUGCGUUAAUACCCCCAGCAGCAGACGGAAAACAGGCUAGAUUACACGUUCCAGAACCUCCUACUGGAGUCUUGAGGUGUUUGGCAUCCCACAAUUUUAUUGUUGAGAUAUUCUCCGAAAACAGGAGAGUUUACCUCAGAGUUUACUCUACUGAUUCUCCCGAGGUUUACAUGAAAGAGAUUCUGACAGACGCAAGUAUUAUAACGUAUGCUGAGCUGACUGAGGACGAUAUCUUUGUGCUUGGAAGUGUAUCAAGUUUCAUGCAUGUUUGGAACCUGAAAACAAAGAAGCGAAUGCCUUCUUCCAGUAUUCGUGCGUCCAUGAAUGGAAGAAAUAUUAAAGAGAGAUUCUUGUAUCUGACUUCUGCUGCUUACUACGAUGGCAAGAACGUCAUGGGAUUGGUGACAGGUCACAUCAUAGUACCUAACAAGAAAAAGAGUCUAGAGAUAGUGGAGCGGGUGUUCAACUCGGCUGUAACAGCUAUGGAGUGUGUUACAGACAAGGGGGGUAACUUGGUCAUAUUCGCGGGGAGCAAGGACGGUAUUAUCAAGGUGUUAACAGCUGACCUGAAGGUGAUGGGAAUGUACCACACAAACGGUCCUGUCACCGUCCUCCGUGUUCUACGCCACCCUAACCGCCGAACCUACGACAAGGUGCCCGUUGUGGCUGGAGACAAGUGUGGCUGUGUCCACUUCCUUAAGUGGUACCCUCCCAAACGUAGCGUGGAGCUCAACUAGAACUACUUCUGUAGAGGAUCUAAUGGGAGUGAAAUGAAGUAAUAUCAGAUGGGAUCAGCUAAAUGUGCAGGGAGAAAUUAUGAGA